CGCAAAUCUAGUUAACUUUGCAUAACUGUCACCAAAUUUGAGAAUACUUAAAAAUUCUCACUAAUUGUAAUUUUUGAUUCAGAAUAUACCACUUGUAAUGUCGAGUCUUAUCUUCGAAUUAACGACACGUCUGCGUCGAAAUGUGCAGCAUGUUGGCCUAAGAGCGUUGCGGAUGCGUACGUUAGACUUAAGCGUACGUCGUUGCUCCCAGCUGACUGUCUUGAUGACAGUUCAGAAGCAACAGCCAGCUUCAUUUGCCAUCUUCGAUUGCCAACGUAAAGAUGCGCUGCGAUCUUUUGGCAGACAAAGCUUUCAUACAACUAGCAGCUUGUGGUCCGAGCAGGUAGUAAAGGCGCCAGCGUUUCCCGACUCCAUUUCUGAGGGUGAUGUGAAAUUCACCUGCAAAGUGGGAGACUCCUUUGCUGCAGAUCAGGCCGUCAUGGAAAUUGAAACGGAUAAAACAUCGAUGCCGGUGAAUGCGCCAUUUGCCGGCACUUUAACAGCCAUUCUUGUCAAGGAUGGAGAUGCAGUUAAGAGCGGCCAAGAGUUGUUUAAAAUGAAACCCGGUCCUGCUCCAGCUGGAGCUGCUCCUGCUCCAGCUAAACCAGCUCCUGCACCCACUGCCCCUGCUGCAGCGGCACCCGCUCCAGCUGCUGCCAAGCCUCCACCUACGCCACCACCCAAGCCCGCAGCACCUACUGUGGCACCUCCACCGCCACCUCCUCCUAAGCCAGCUGCUGCUGCUGCUCCUCCUUCUGGCGGUGGUACAGGCACGCGCAGCGAGAAGCGCGUCAAGAUGAAUCGCAUGCGUCUAAAGAUUGCAUCUCGCUUGAAGGAUGCUCAGAAUACUUGUGCCAUGCUGACCACUUUCAACGAGAUCGACAUGAGCUUUGCCAUGGAAUUCCGUAAACUGAAUCAGGACGAGUUCCAGAAGAAGUACAAUGUCAAAUUGGGCUUCAUGUCCAUCUUCUCAAAGGCCAGCGCAAUGGCGCUUCAAGAGCAGCCUGUCGUAAAUGCUGUCAUCGAUGGCAAGGAAACUGUGUAUCGUGAUUUCAUUGACAUUUCAGUGGCUGUUGCCACGCCCCGUGGCCUUGUUGUGCCCGUCAUCCGCAAUGUGGAGAACAUGAAUUAUGCGGACAUCGAGAAGGCUUUGGGUGCUUUGGCCAUCAAGGCAAAGCAGGAUGCGAUUACUGUGCAAGAUAUGGAGGGCGGCACCUUUACCAUUAGCAAUGGCGGCGUCUUUGGAUCUCUAAUGGGUACUCCAAUUAUUAAUCCUCCUCAGAGUGCCAUUCUCGGAAUGCAUGGCAUUCUGAAUCGACCAAUUGCGGACGAGGGCCAAGUCGUCAUACGUCCCAUGAUGUAUGUGGCCUUGACGUACGAUCAUCGAUUGAUCGACGGACGCGAGGCAGUUUUAUUUUUGCGUAAGAUUAAGUCAGUUCUGGAAAAUCCAAAAGAACUGGCUAUUCCGUUGUAAUAUCAACAAUGGUUGAAUUCAUCGUUUUCAUUUUAAAGUCAAAAUUGUGUGUACUUGUAGUUUAUGCAUUUUUCAGAUAUGCCGCGAAUGUUAUGUUAUGUUGGUACAGAAACAGAAUAAAAA